AUAGGUCGAUGUAAGUUGGCAACAGUAACUAAAAGAAGAUAAGUAAAACUCUUGACAGCAAAAAAAAUAACGAUUUCGUCAUCAUCCAUUCACUUCUUCCGUUCUGCUGUAAAGGAGGAGUUCUGUCGCGUGUUGUAUGCUGGGGUUUGGUAGUACGUAUUUCGCCAGACUCCGUUAUCAACCGCUUUUACAUCUUUCUCGGCUAAUAACAUGGACGCGGGAUUCUUCCGCGGCACAAGUGCAGAACAGGACAAUCGCUUCAGCAACAAGCAGAAGAAACUUCUAAAGCAACUGAAAUUUGCAGAAUGUCUGGAAAAGAAGGUGGAUAUGACCAAGGUGAACCUGGAAGUCAUCAAACCUUGGAUCACUCAGCGAGUGACGGAGAUCCUGGGGUUCGAGGAUGAUGUCGUCAUAGAAUUCAUAUUUAACCAGCUAGAAGAAAAGCACCCGGACAGUAAGAUGAUGCAGAUCAACCUGACCGGCUUCCUGAAUGGGAAGAAUGCCAGAGAGUUUAUGAGGGACCUGUGGCCUCUGCUGCUCAGUGCCCAGGACAACAUUGCCGGUAUCCCCUCUGCCUUCCUGGAACAGAAGAAAGAGGAGAUCAAACAGAGACAGAUUGAGCAGGAGAAGCUUGCCUCUCUGAAGAAGAUUGAUGAGAAGGAAAACAAAGAUAACAGAGAAAGGGAGAGCCCCAGAAGGAGGAAGUCAAGGUCACAGUCUCCACGGCGACGGUCUCCAGUGAAGAGGGAGAGAAGGCGGAGUCACUCCCGCUCCCCGAGGCGUAAGCCCAGUCCCAGCAGCUCCCCUCCACCAACAGCCCCAGCCGUCACCCUGGUCAGUGUUACAUUUCCCCAGAGCACUGAGGAGCCCCAGCCAGAGCCAGACACCUCUGAGAGCGCCGUACCUGAGCCAGUCAUUCAGGAGGCCUCUUCCACCAGUGAUUUGGUGAAGCCGCACACUGUGGUUGUGGUACCUGACUCUGUGAUGAAGGUCAAAGAACCCUCCCCAGGUAAGGCUCCUAAAAAGGAGGAGAGGCCCAAGCCCAGGGAGAAGGAGGGCAGGAGGGACAGGCCCCGCCACCGCUCUCGCUCCCAUUCCCGCAGACGACCUAAAUCGCGGUCCAGAUCUUACUCCCCACGCCGGAGGCCGAGCCCCAGGAGACGGAUGUCCCCUCGUCGUAGGAGCCCCCCCAGACGUGGCCCCCCAGGCCCCAGACACAGGCGCAGUCGCUCCCCUGUCCGCAGGCGGCGCUCUCGCUCCCCAUCAUCCUCUGGGAGCAACUCUUCCGCGCCUCGCUCACCUCAGAAGGCCAUGAAGAGAAUGUCAACCACACCUCCUAGGAAACAGCCCCGCGGCCACGCAGCUGAUCCCUCCCUCAGCCCCUCCAGGAGAAGAGCCCCCAAUGGUAGCCCACCUGGGAAGGCCCGACGCUCUGCCUCCCCUCGGGCUAGAAAGGGCCGGUCCUCAGCCUCCCCGUCCAGAUCAGCUGGUUCAAAGAAGAAACCAGGAUCAAGGAAUGAUUCACUGUCUCCUGUUCCAAAACCCAGGCAUUCUGAGGCAUCGGAAUCAGAGGGGGCUACCGCAGAUCCUGUGCAGCAGCGACGUCAGUACCGCAGGCAGAAUCGGGAGACGUCUUCAGAUACUGGAUCAUCCUCCUCAUCAGAGGACGAGGGGUCCAAGAGGCCGGGCGGAGGGCCAGCGGCGAGGAACGGGAAUGUCAGGAGGCGGCGCAGUCGCUCCCCCUCCUCCCCCAGGAGACGACACAGGGACGGCUCCCCCAGAAAAAGACGCUCCCCCUCUCCUGGAGGACGCCGAUCUCCCCCACGCCGUCGCAGAUCUCCCUCUCCUCCUCCGAGACGCAGGUCUCCCUCUCCACCUCCUCGCAGACGCUCCCCCUCCCCCAGACGGUACUCUCCCCCCAUCCAGCGGCGCUACAGCCCUACUCCCCUGGGCCCACAGAAGAGAAGGCUAUCGGGGUCUCCCCCUCCCAAAUGCCUUUCCCCGAUGCCCAAGCGCCGUCCCUCCCGUUCCCCGAAGCGCAGGAGUCCCCCUCCCCAAAAGAGACGCACACCUCCCCUCCCCACCUCUCCCCCCGACAGGAGGAGCCCCAUGCUCCCAUCCAACCGGCCAGGCCGGGGCACGCGCUCCCCCCCUGCUGUUCACAGUAACCGCCUCUCCCCCUCCCCUGCCAACCGUGGUCGGGCCUUGCGUGGGUCUGCUAGUCCUCAGGGGCGCUUUGACUCCUCGGGCACCUCUCCACCUGGCCAGAGGCGCCAGGUGUCCCCCUCACACAGCAACAGGGCAAUCCGCAGGGUGUCCCGGACACCAGAGCCCCGCAAGAACCAGAGAGCCUCUCAAAGCCCCCAGCCUAUGAGGAGAGCGUCAUCAAGGUCACCGUCUGGUUCUCCUAAACCAGGAGCCUUGAAGCGGCCGGCCCCAGCCUCAGGCUUCCCCUCAUCGGGCUGCUCGGCCAGUGGCUCGCCAUCAGCCCCUCUGGCCAAGAAGGCCAGCAGCGGCUCUGGCAGCCCUUCUCCAAACAAGAAUUCAGACACUGAGGCUGGAGGAAAGAAGAACAAAAAACAUAAGAAGGAGAAGAAACAUAAGAAGGACAAGAAGCACAAGAAACACAAGAAACACAAGAAAGAGAAGAGUGGAGUGCUGGUGGCUGCUGGGGAUGGCCAGGAGAACCUGGGGAUGGAAGAGGAUGUAGACUCCGACCUUAAAAAGGAAUCAGACAGUGAAGUAGAAGAGCGUCUGGACGACCUGGAGAAGCACCUGCGAGAGAAGGCACUGCGUUCCAUGAGGAAAGCUGGAAAGCUGUCCCCGCCACUGUCUUGAAGCCCGGCCACACCCCUCCCUCAAUCUUCCAUACACUUUAUUUUAUUUGUCUUUAACCUGAUUCAGCUUUAGAAUGUACAAAUUGUUUAUUCUUUAGUUUUGUUUUUACAGUUUUGCUCAUCUAUUGAUGGAUGUUUUUUAUCAAGUGCUUGAAUUGUCACACGCGAUCUUCCAAUUUAAUUUAAUUUUUUCCCGUAUCUUUGACCCAAAAUGUGUUAUUGCUUAUAUCCAAACUGUAGAAGUAUCUUUGUUUGAUCCCUCAAUUUUCAAGGUAGGAUCAUAGAGGGGAAUUCUUUAAUUAUGAAGCUUGCAUUAUACAAGCUUCUACGUCUCUCGUUCUACAACAUACAAAAUAUUCAACUGUGGUAAUUUAGGAUUGCAUGUGCAGCCAGCGAGUCUCUCCUCUGAUGUGCAUGAAAUGGACUGUAAACUAAAGCAAAUGCACAGAUUAAAUCUGUCCCUUUUGUCAGCAGGCAUUGUAUGGUGCGGGAAUGCUGUUUGCUCUCUAAAAUGGAUAACAGUCGGAUUUUCCUUUUUUUUAUGUAAUAGAGGUGUUUGGCAUUGCAGUAAAUUCUGGCUUUGAAAAAGUCACAUUUAAUAAGAACUAGAACGACUUUUCUUUCUUUUUUUUUCUGACCUCACCAGAGAGCAGGGGUUUGAUUUCCCACAUGGGUUGAUAUGCAGUCAUACUUUGAGUUCACGCUGGUCCACUCUUUUGCAUUAAGCCGUUCAUUGCUGUGGAAGUGCUAUUUGACUUGUAUUUAAAAACUCCUGCAUUUGUCAUCCUUUCAAAAUUAAAAUAUGUUUUAUAUAAAAACUGAA